GAUCGGAGAACAAUUACCUUUUGAUGCCAGUUAUGCAGCUCGCCCUGUUCUGGACUGCGUGUCUGCUGCCAGGCCACCUGGCCCUGCCACUGUCCUGGGAGGCUGGAGAUGUGAGCACACUGCAAUGGGAACAGGCCCAGAAUUAUCUUAGGAAAUUCUACCUUCAUGACUCGAAAAGAAAAGAAGACAACAGCCUAGAGGCCAAACUCAAGGAAAUGCAGAAAUUCUUUGGCCUGCCCAUGACUGGAAAGCUGUCCCCCCGUACCGUGGAAAUAAUGCAGAAACCCAGGUGUGGCGUGCCAGAUGUUGCAAAAUACUCACUAAUGCCAGGCAGUCCAAAAUGGCAGUCCAGAAAAGUCACCUUCAGAAUCAUGUCCUAUCCUUCAGACCUACCACAGCUCACGGUGGAUCAAAUCGUGGCAAAGGCUCUCAGAAUGUGGAGUAAGCAGAUCCCACUGAACUUCAGGAGGGUGAGGUGGGGGACUGCGGACAUCAUGAUUGGCUUCGCUACGGGAGAUCACGGAGACAGCUUCCCAUUUGAUGGGCCCGGAAACACUCUAGGUCAUGCCUUUGCGCCUGGGCCAGGCCUGGGAGGAGACGCCCACUUUGACGGGGAUGAACAGUGGACAGAUGGUGAUGGUGCAGGUGUGAACUUCCUGUAUGCUGCCACCCACGAGUUCGGCCACUCUCUGGGUCUGAGUCAUUCUUCUGUUCCUGGGUCUGUGAUGUACCCUACCUAUGAAAACGGCCAUACAGAAGACUUUGGACUUACAGAAGAUGACAUUGAAGGCAUUCAGAAGUUAUACGGAAAGAGGAAUGAUUCACAGAAGAUGUAGACACUUCAGAGAGACUGUUUGUACAAUCAUUGGGUUGUCUGUUGCAUUCCCCAAUCAGAAUGAGCAAACUCCCUUCCUGGACUACAUGUGCUUCAUUUUUUCCUAGUACUGGGGUGGGCUCUGCAUACCCUCUGAGGCUCAUCUUUACUGGAUGAUUCUGACUAGUCUCAGGUGACAUGCAGUUGAUAGACAUAAAUAAAUAUGUGCACAAGUAAUCCCAUUGUUAUUCCAUGGAGAAAUUACUCAUGUUUGAGAGAACAUUUUCAGUGACAAAGGAAGAUGAAUCAAAGACAAGGUCAGAAUGGAUCCAGCUAUAUUAUUUGAGGUUCUUCCAGUACAUCUUCACCAAAUGGAGCAGGUGGGCAUGCCGCCUCUAGUUAGUCACUGGUAUAGCCCCAAGCUAUAACACUUCCCUAUCCUUUGGGCUCAAGCCAUCUCUGAGUCCUCUGUGAAGCCAAAUUCUUCCCACAGAACGCCUAAGCUCCCGAGGACUUCGGCUUCACAGUUAAAACCAGCUCUAAGUUCCUGUCCCAAUGCCUCUCC